GUAAUCUGUUUCUCUUUAAUCUCUCUAAGGACGUGCGGAGUAUAAGUUGCCAUUUGUAAUGGAUAAUAUUGCAAGCAAAGAUUUGUGGAAUGGGAGGAGCGAUGUGGUUGGACAGGAAGCAGAGAGCGAACAGACACAGAGUGGAAGAGGAGCAGAGACGCAGAGUCGCUGGAUUAGGAUGGGCUUCGACUGCAUCCCUGAAAGUGGAUGAAGAAUGACUGCUUUAAUCAAGAUGCUAGCGGACUGUGAGCACCGGUGGAAGGAUGCACAACGUUCUCCUUCUCACCCAAGGAACCGCAAACGCAACAAGAUUAUGAAGAUUUGACAGACCUGCUGGGAGGCGAAAGACAGCGGCUGCAUAUCAGGAGCCAGGAUUAGUUGCCUUUUCAUUUCAUCUCAUCUGGCCUCGACCAUGAGGCUGGAGCGCGGACAGCGAGCUUCACUGGCACUCACCCUCAACUUCGUGGCGUUUGCUUUUGCCUUAUCCGCGGUGACCACCAGCUACUGGUGCGAGGGCACCAGGAAGGUGGCCAAGCCCUUCUGCACGGGGCCACCAGUGAAGGUGAAGCAGUGGUUCUGCAUCCGCUUCAACAGCACCAACGUCAACGACAGCCGGCUGGUCCAGUACAUCUUUGAGAGCGGCGAAGAGAAGUUCCUGAUGAGGAAAUUCCACACGGGCAUCUUCUUCUCCUGUGAGCAGGCCGCUGACAUGAACGGAUUCGACUGUCGAGACUUCUCAGAGAUCGCACCUGAACACGAGAGAGGGGUCCUGUGCUUGUGCAUCGUGGCUGAAAGUCUGUACCUGAUCCUGCUCUUCACGGGCGGGGCCCUGAUGACCCUGGAGCAGUGUCCGUGUUUCAGCAUCAUGAACAAACUUAAGCUCAGUGCCUUUGCUGCCUUGUGCACUGCCCUGUCAGGCCUUUGUGGGAUGGUGGCCCACAUGAUGUUCACGACUGUUUUCCAGCUGGCUGUGGCCAUGGGGCCAGAGGACUGGAGACCCCGGUCAUGGGAUUACAGCUGGUCUUAUGUUUUGGCGUGGGGCUCCUUUGGCACCUGUAUGGCUUCUGCAGUGACCGCCCUCAACAGAUACACAAAGACCAUCAUUGAGUUCAAAUACAAGAGGAGGAAUAUCGAGAAGAGCUUAAUGAUCAAGCAGAAGAUGUUGGAGCUGAAGCUCCCUGAGCAGAUGUGGGAUAUGUACCUCACUGCCGUACCCGCUGAAACCGAGGCCCUCCCAGAACUGCCCAUCAACGGGCACAAACUGUCCACAGGCACAAUGUAUGUGGUGGAAAUGGACAACAUACAAGAUCACCAAGGCGGAGAGGAAUACUGCUGAAGAUCACCAUCCUGGUCCCAACGUCCCACUGGAGCAGUUCUCGGCCCAAUUUGCUAGAACCA